AUGCUAAUGUCCACGUCAUCACCAUUUUCGCCACCAGCACCAUCGGCGUCACCACCAACACGUAGAGGUUACUUAUGCGAGGUUUGGCAUCACUUGACUGCAAAAAUUGACGAUCCUAAAGCCGCAAAGAGGACUGAUGCGAUCUUAAUAGUUGCAUCAGUGAUUGCAGCUAUGAACUUCCAAGCAGUGAUCAGCCCACCUCGUGGCAUUUACCAAGAAACUAGAUACAACCUCAAGCAUCAGAUAUACAAAGCAGGAGAAGCCAUUGGUGCUCAUCUUGAUCCACAGGGUGUUGAAAAUAACAAGGAAAUGCACGCGGAUCUUAAAUGGGUCAAGAAGACUUCGGGUUGA